AUGUUCAACCCGAUCACAUCGCCCUUCGGCAACCCCAUCUCCUUCGCCUCCUGCUCAAUCGGCGUCGAACGACACACCCUCGAACAGAAACUCCAAGCCAUCGCCUCCGCAGGGUUCAACGGCAUCGAGCUCUCCUUCCCAGACCUCCAAUCCUUCGCCAAUCGUCGUUUCAACAAAACGAUCGCCGACGAUGACUACGACUCCCUCUGCGAGGCGGGUAAGGCCGUCCGCGCCCUCUGCGAGAAGCUGAAGCUCCAGAUCAUGGUCCUGCAGCCCUUCGCCAACUUCGAGGGCUGGCCCAAGGGAAGCAAAGAGCGCGAGGACGCGUUCGCGCGGGCGAGGGGGUGGAUGGAGAUCAUGGGCGCCGUCGGCACCGACAUGUUGCAGGUCGGAUCGUCCGACUCGCCCGAGAUCACGGGGUCGAUCGGGGAGUUGGUCGCUGAUCUGGCCGAGCUCGCGGACAUGCUCGCGGAGAGGGGGUUCAAGGUGGCGUAUGAGAACUGGUGCUGGGCCACGCACGCGCCGUCUUGGAAGGACGUGUGGAAGAUCGUACAGCUCGCCAAUCGGCCUAACCUGGGCCUGUGUCUGGAUACGUUCCAGUCCGCGGGUGGUGAGUGGGGUGACCCGACGACGGAGUCGGGACGGAUCGAGACGGGCGGGAUUGGGGAGAAGGAGGUGAGAAUGGGUUAUGAGAUUAGUCUGCAGGAGCUGGCGAAGACGGUGCCGCCGGAGAAGAUCUUCUUCCUUCAGAUCAGCGACGCGUAUAAGGUUAGUCCGCCGCUUGAGACGAAGGUGGAUGAGUCUGGUCUGCGGCCUAGGGGUAGAUGGAGCCAUGAUUAUCGACCUCUGCCGUAUGACGGGGGCUACCUGCCGAUUGUGCAGUUCCUCGAGGCUGUCAUGAGCACGGGGUUCCGUGGGUGGUUAUCUGUUGAAGUCUUUGAUGGAAAGUUUGAAGAGAAGUAUGGCGAUGAUCUGGAGAGGUAUGCGAAGAAAGGACAGGAGGGAGUUGUGAAGAUGCUUGGGGAGAUGAUCGUUGAUAGGAGCGGUGUUUGA